CUGACGUGAGGGGGCUGGGCCCGCGCCUCCGUGGGGAGCGGCUGGCGGACGCCGGCGCCAUGGAGCGCUACGCCAGCGCCUUAGAGGAGUCCACGGACGGAACCCGGCAGCAGGAGCGGCACUACCAGCUGCUGUCGGCACUGCAGAGCCUGGUCAAGGAACUGCCCAGUUCAUUCCAGCAGCGCCUGUCCUACACCACGCUCAGCGACCUGGCCCUGGCGCUCCUUGACGGGACCGUGUUCGAGAUCGUGCAGGGGCUGCUGGAAAUCCAGCACCUCACGGAGAAGAGCCUGUACAACCAGCGCCUGCGACUGCAGAACGAGCACCGAGUGCUCAGGCAGGCAAUGCGACAGAAACAUCUGGAAGCCCAGCAAUCCUGCCGGCCCCACAACCUGCCUGUGCUCCAGGCAGCUCAGCAGCGAGAACUGGAGGCAGUGGAGCAUCGGAUCCGAGAGGAGCAGCAGGCCAUGGACCGGAAGAUUGUCCUGGAGCUGGACCGGAAAGUAGCUGAUCAGCAGAGCACAUUGGAGAAGGCAGGGGUAGCUGGCUUCUAUGUGACCACCAACCCUCAGGAGCUGACACUGCAGAUGAACCUGUUGGAACUCAUCCGGAAACUGCAGCAGAGGGGUUGUCAGACGGGGAAGGCAGUUCUGUGACCAGGUAGAGUCCCUGCUGGCCACCAUUGCCAGUAUGGCUAGGAAUACAGCCUUGCCCACUGUCACCAGAAAGCCAAGCAGAGCUUGUCUUCCUGAAUUUCAGUCACUGACUUCUCAGCACCCAGCAGUAGGCACCUGAGGAAAGGCUAGGUGGCCUCUGGUUUUAAGUUUUGUUUUGUUUUGCUUAAGCACUGGGACUAUACCAUAAAGAAAAGUGAGGCCCAGCCUAGCAGCUGACUGACUGCUUAAAGGCCAGGUGGAAAGCUGGACUGUUGGCUAGCAUCUUGUACUCUGGGCAUCUCCCAACCUCCCCUAAGCUCCAGGCCCUGGGCUUCUUCUGAUCUCGGCCCCUGUCUUGAGAAUUGUGGCCCCCAAGUGGGAGAAGCUGCAAGGUUCAGGUCCUGUGUGUCCCUGAGAAAUAAAGAUAGCUACUUGUA